AGAGAUAGUUUGUCCAUUUUCUUGCCUAUAAGCAAAGCGGAUCUGUCUUCUAAUCAACGUGUAGGCAUUGAGACAUUCUUAUGGUAAAAGAUUUCAAAGAAGGAAGAUAGCUCUUUCUCAAUUAUCUGUUUUUAUGUCUGACUCUCCAGAGUUAAAUCAUAUAUGUUGUUUGUCAGUUUGGGUUAUUUUGUGGCAAAUUUUGAAUGUGAGAGAUGUGUGUUUCACCCCCUUAAUUCUUAUGAAUCUGGUCCUUUUUGUAGCUGGUUCCAAGGCUGCAUCUCUCCACUGGACCAGUGAGAGGGUUGUCAGUGUUUUGCUCCUGGGCCUGCUUCCAGCUGCUUAUUUGAAUCCUUCCUCCGCGAUGGACUACUCCCUGGCUGCAGCCCUCACUCUCCAUAGUCACUGGGGCCUUGGACAAGUUGUUACUGACUAUGUUCAUGGAGAUGCUUCACAGAAAGCUGCUAAGGCAGGCCUUUUGGCACUCUCGGCUCUAACUUUUGCUGGGCUUUGUUAUUUCAACUAUCAUGAUGUGGGCAUCUGUAAAGCUGUUGGCAUGCUGUGGAAGCUCUGACCUUUUUGACUUAAUACUUUAAGAAUUGAUUGUAUGCCUCUUUGCCUCUGCUCUGUCAUGCCAUUCAACUCACAAUAAGGAAAUAGCAGAUAAAUCCGUUGGUGGACAAACCUCUUCUAAUCACAUGGUUAUUUUCAGAAUUUAAUCUUUGAGGAAAAGGUCUGAGAGGAAUUAUAUCCAAGAAAUUGUAAGACCGAGUUCUGUAUUCUGGCAAGUUAAUGGAGUUGUCUCCCAGCUUCUCACAAGACUCAUAGUAAAACUAAACAUUAUAUAUGAGCUUUUGUGUUUUAUCAAUCUCUUAAAGAGAGUCCAGCUUUAUUACUAUGAAUACAUGUUCAAACUUAUUCUAUAUUUGUCCUGGGAAUAAUGAACAAAGGGAAAAACUUAAUUCAUGAGUAAAGACUUUGCAGAAAAUUAGACUGUGUUUGAUUUUUGAAAACUUCCCUUCUCUGUUCAGUUGAUACCAGCUACUAAUGGUUACAAGUCCUAGGGAAACUUUAACGUUAGGAAAUGCUGUUAUUGCACAGUACGAAUUUCUACAUCCUAGGAAGAAAAACUUGGGAAACUUCUGUAUAUAGAGAGGUUCCACUGAGGGAAGAGGUCCCCUUUGUGGAUGUAUCAAAAUAUUACAAAUUCUAAAAUGAGACUUAAUUUGCAAAUGCGUUUUACUUGUCCUAAAAUAAUCUGUCCAUGAAUGUAAAACUAUAAAUAAUAAAUUGUUGUUUUCCCACUGGGAAUCUCUAAUGUGAAAAUGUAUUCUAUGAAAAGAAAGUUUUUUUAAAAAUUAGAAUGUUGUAUAAUAAA